UUAAAUAUUUCUUGCCUAUUUCUGUUGGAUUUUCAUCAAAUAUUUCUCUGGGUAUCCUCCCUGUUCCCUGUCCUCCACCGCCUGUACUCCUCUCCCACCCACCCCAGCGUCUAAUUGGGUUUCAUUACCAUUUCCUUUCACUUUUCCCCAGCCUGUCUCUAUGGUCGGGGAGAAAAAGCUUCCACUGGAUACUUUUCGGAACUUCAGCAGCUGCUUCUAAAGCCUCCACUACAUCACCCAGCAGUGACACGGCAAUGACAUCACUUAAGCUGUUAUCCUUGUUCCACUCACUUCUUGUCCUCCAAGUCCAUUUCUCCGACCAAUUAGACGACAAUAAGAUUCCUCCCAGUCUGUGUACAGGACACCCUGGUAUCCCAGGAUCCCCCGGGGUCCACGGCAGCCCUGGUCAACCAGGUAGAGAUGGGAGAGACGGGAGGGAUGCUGCUCCAGGAGAGAAGGGACAUAAGGGGGACAGAGGAGACCCAGGUGAGACAGGAGUGCGAGGCCUGAUGGGGGACAGGGGUGACCCGGGGCAGAAGGGGGAGCGUGGGCAGCCAGGAGAAUGUGCCGUCGCCCCAAAAUCCGCCUUCAGUGCCAAACUGUCUGAUGGCCACACCUUACCCCUCACUGUGGGCGACGCCGUGCACUUUGACCAGAUAAUGUUCAAUGAACAAGGUGAUUACAACCCCGAGACGGGACGCUUUGUCUGUAAAGUCCCUGGGGUCUACUACUUUGCCGUCCACGCCACAGUCUACCGCGCCAGCCUCCAGUUUGACCUGAUGAAAAACGGUCACACAGUGGCAUCUUAUUUCCAGUUCUAUGGCAACUGGCCCAAACCGGCAUCUUUGUCCGGAGGCUCUCUGCUCCACCUCGUCCCUGGGGACCAGGUGUGGGUCCAGAUGGCAAUGGGAGAGUACAAUGGACUUUACUCCAGCACCAAGACAGACAGCACCUUCACCGGCUUCCUGGUGUACUCAGACUGGAAAAACUCUGCAGUGUUUGCAUAACAUCUGCUUCUGAACAAAACAAAAGUCAGCGCUCACCUCUGGAAAUUAACCACAACUUUUUCUGUCAUUUCUUUUAUGUCUAAAUGGGAAGUUCUGGAUCAAGACAGAGUACAUUAUAGUUUUGGUUCCUGACAUCUGUGAUUAUGUAAUAGGUUAAGUCAGACAGUGUUUCUUAAAUGACACAUACCUGAGUGGUAAUGUCUAUUCAGUGUCUGUUCUUCAGCUGCAGCCUUAAAACUGCUAAUAUUUGUAACAGAUGUUAUGACAACGGCUUCCUGCCAAAUUCAGUCCACACAUUUAAAUUUCCGUGCCACUUUUGCACUUUGUAUUCAUAUCUGUGCAGCUAACAUGAACCACGAUCCGCAGUUAAAGCACUUAUGAUGAUAUAUGGUGUGUGUUUGGCCAUAAUACCCUUUAAUACACUGACAAAUAGGAUCUACAGACAACAGUUUCUAAUUCCUAAACUGAACUGUUUCUCAUAAAAUACCACAAAAAUCUGGUUCAUUACAUGGACAUUUGAGUUUUCAUGUGCCACUUUUAUCAAUAAAAUUCAACUCCAA